CAGGAGGUUUACAAGAAUGCCGUCAGGCAUUUUAGAGCUCAUUUGACAGAAGACGAAUGCAACAAAAUAUGGCUCCAAGAUCAAACGGGGAUGGCUGGAGUUCAGGAGGCCGUCCGAGCAGCCAAAGCAAAGUACGAAGGGGGGAGCGAACAGUCCAAAGCGCGUAAAUGGCUGAAACGGCUGUCUCAAAGCAUUCUGCUAUACGGUAAAGUGUUGGAGAUGUCGGCAAGCUAUUGCUCUGAAUAUGUUGCAUUGCCACUGGGGGCGAUAAAGUUCUUGUUGACAGCUAUUGUCAACCACGAAGAAUCCAUCGCUCAGCUUUCGAAGGCGCUAGCGCAAAUUACAACUGUGCUCCCGAAAGCAGACAUCAAGCUUCUUCUGUAUCCCACCGAAAGGAUCAAACUCGAGGUCUCAGUACUAUAUGGGCAUUUGAUGGAAUUCACACAGAGAGCUAUAAGCUGGUACGAGGCAGGAAGGGUGAAGCAUGUCCUCACUGCCAUGUUUCGCCCCACGAAGCUUGAAUUUCAAGAUAUAUCACACAAGAUUUUUUGCUCAUCUCAAGCCAUUGAUCAAUUAGCAGCAACAGCAAAUCAGGCAGAGCUCAGGGAUUUGCACUUGCUCUUCAUGGAGUUCAAGCGUACUAUGAUAGAAAGCCAAGCUGUAAACUCCACAAUACUUCUUGACUCGAAACGGCGAAUAUGCGAGAUUCAGUUCUCCCAGAUACUAACAUUCACCGCGGCCACGAGUCUUCCCGAGCCGGAAGAAAGUUUCCGCUAUUCAUCUUUCCUAAGCAAGCGGAGACAACUUCGGCGCACGUACGAGGCUCAUCCAUCUUGGCGGUCUCGAAAACUGAAGGAGUGGGCAAUGUCGAAUACUCCAUCGCUGAUCAUAGCAAGAGGAACUUGCUUGACACGCCACGAGACAAAGGAUUUUGCAACGGAGAUGGUGGCUCUGCUUCGGGCCACGAAAAUCCCCGUCAUAUGGACCCUGAGUGCAAAAGCAGACAGCAGCUCAGCAUGGCGAUCCCCUAUCGAGGUCCUCAAACAGUUAGUCUUACAAAUCCUUCACCUGAAUCAAUCCCUGCUCAACGACGAAUCACCUGCAUUGAAUGCAGCACGCUUCCAGAACGCAACGAAGGAGUCCGAGUGGUUUGGCAUUCUAGCCUCGGUGUUGAGCGGCCUCGAAAAGCUUUACAUUGUUGUGGAUGCCGAGAUCAUGAAUCGCGAAAUGGCGAGUCAAAUCUCUUGGACUGACGCUUUCAACACAAUGCUCGAAGAUCUGAAAGCUUUAUCUUGCAAAACUGUUGUCAAAAUCGUCCUUGUAAGCUAUAGUAAUAGCCCCUACAUCUCAUCAUCGCAACCUACUACUUUCGGUAAUGUGACUGUCCGAAUUGAGAAGGAGCGGCGUAUGGCCACAAUGAGGAAGCAUCACUUCCGCUCUCGAGGAAGCCAGCAGGGUUCCAAUGUUCUCAUGCCACUUCUGCGACAUUAA